AUGGGGAACAUGGACGGGAAAGCGGUGGAGGAGCUGAGCGCUACCGAAUGCCACCAGUGGUACAAGAAGUUCAUGACGGAGUGUCCCUCUGGCCAGCUCACCCUCUACGAGUUCAAGCAGUUUUUUGGCUUGAAAAACCUGAGUCCAGCAGCGAACAAAUACGUUGAGCAAAUGUUUGAGACGUUUGACUUCAACAAGGACGGCUACAUCGAUUUCAUGGAGUACGUGGCUGCUCUGAGCCUGGUGCUGAAAGGGAAGGUGGAUCAGAAGCUGAGGUGGUACUUCAAGCUCUACGACGUGGAUGGGAACGGCUGCAUCGACAGGGGAGAACUACUCAAUAUCAUCAAAGCUAUUCGCGCUAUCAACCAGUGCAAUGAGACGAUGACAGCCGAGGAGUUCACCAACAUGGUGUUUGAUAAAAUUGAUAUCAACGGAGAUGGUGAGCUCUCGCUGGAGGAGUUCAUGGAGGGCGUGCAGAAGGACGAGGUGCUGCUCGACAUCCUCACCCGCAGCCUGGACCUGACGCACAUUGUCCAGCUGAUCCAGAACGACGGGAAGAUCCCGCAGAGCCUGGAGGAGGCAGAGGAGGCUGCCCAGUAG